UAUGAGCUUCCUUCAUAUUCAAUCUUAUUAACAAUCAACAGAGGAAUCAUCCCAUCCUCUAAAUUCCAAAUUAAACUUUGUGAACAUUCAAGCCAUUGAUUUAAAACCAUAUAAGAAAAAAUGGAGGCUCCUUUUUAAUAAUGUUCCAAGCCUCAAAAUUUUAGAAUCUAUUUACUAUGAUUUAUAAGGACAAUCUAUCGAAGACAGAGAGACUAAAGAGAUGAUCUUCUUAUAAUGCAUUCUCUUGAAUAUGAGAGCUCCUUUAAACUUAAAAUUAGUAAAUUUAAAGUGAUAAGUCAUAGAAUGAAGAAUAAUGGAUUCAUGUUAAUGAACUGAUGCCAACCCAUAAAACAUCAUUUGAAUGGUCUUAAAUGUGUUAAUAGUUUUUACAUUAAUCAGCUUACAAUAAUCCAUGGUCUGAAAAUGAAGAUAAAUUGCUUUUAGACAUCAUUUUGUAAUCAAUUAUAUUCAUUUUAGGUCAUUUCAAAGAAUGAAAAAAGGAAACAAAUGGAGUAAAAUAGCACGAGAACUAAAUGAACGAAGUCUUAAUAAGUUUAUUCGUACUCCUAAGUAAUGUAGAGAACGUUGGGGUAAUAAGUUAGAUCCAUCUAUUAAUCGGUAUGAUUUGAAUUUCAUUAUAUUUAGAAAUGAAUGGACUGAUUUAGAAGACCUAAACUUUCUAUAGCUUCUGCUUUAACAUGGAAGAAGAUGGGCAGAGUUAUCAAUUCGUUUGUCACCUAUUACAAAUAAUAAAAAACGAACUGAAUUUUCUUUAAAACAUAGAUUUAAAAAAUUAAUAUCGAGUAUAAAUAGCAUAGGUAAUUAGAUAUUUAAUCCAUUCUUAGAAUCCAGAUCAAUACAUGGAACCAGGUAUGCUAUAUCCUCUGAUUGGAACAAUAAAGAAAUCAGCAAAUUACUUUGUAAGAUUUCUCAAUUAGAAAUGAAAACCAAUUAGAAAGAGGUUGAAAACUUCUAUUAUCAUCCUCUAACUAAACAAAUUAAAUUCAAUGAUUUUAAUAAGUUGGUUAUCAUUAAGGGAAGUUCCAAAGUAGAGUUGGAUUUGUCAAUUCUUUUUAAUUAGACAAAUUCCCAGUUAAAUGAUUGA